UCUUCACGCGCCGCCGUCCUCCAUGGCCUUCUCCCCGUUUCUUUCCGCCGUCUCGCAUUCCUCCGCCGACCUCGCAAGCGUUGAUUUUGACUGGUUGCCCGAUUCCUCUGUCAAGCUUUGGAAAUCUGAAGUUUCCGACAGUUGUGGCGACGGUUCAGCGACUUCUCCGCCGCAACCCCUAACAUUUCGUCGACCAACUAAUAGAUUUUUAUUAGACCAAUCUUUUAGCCUCCUUAACCCUUCUCUCCGAACAACCAAUAAUCUUCUCCACCGCACCUUUUCUUCAUCGUCGUCAUCGACACCGCCACCCACAGCUGAGAGUCUUGUCAGCCGGCCGCUCUUCCAAGCCGGUGAUUUUAAGGAAUGGGGAUGGCAAAGGAAUAAGCAGAGAGCAGAGAGUCCAGUUUCAUGUGAAAGUAGCAUCACCAUUGAAGGGCUAAGCAGAGCUUGCAGAUACAGUCCAGAAGAGAAGAAGGAAAGGAUUGAAAGAUAUAAGAGCAAAAGAAACCAGAGGAACUUCAACAAGAAGAUCAAGUAUGCUUGUAGGAAAUCGCUGGCCGAUAGUCGACCGCGGAUCAGAGGACGAUUCGCAAGGUACAACGACAACGUUGCGAAGAAUUUUCCAAUGAAGUGGAGUCAUGGGCAAAAGGAAGAAGAAGAAGAGGAAGAGGCAAAUAAUGGUGGUGAAAAUUGGAUAAAGUAUUUCAUUGAUGCAUAUUCUUCUGCAAACCUAAUUCCAUGAAAUCUCACACAAAAACAACAAUAAUAAUGUAAUUCUAGUUCCAAUAGGCCUCUUCCAUUUUGACCUGCCAUUC